AUGGGGGAUUCACUUAGCUCGUGGGACACCAGAGCCGUCUCGAAGGCAUCUGGCGAGUUGAGCAUGAGGCUCGCCACCGAGGCGAGCAGGGCUUCGGCACUGGUCGGCGACGGGGGCGACUCGGACGUCGGGUUUCGGCGAGGGUUCUCCCUGUUGCGGCAGCUGGUGAGUUCCGCCGACUUGUCGAAGCGGGCGAGCCGCCGGGCGGCCCGCGGAGCGCAGGGAGCUCCGUCUCGCUGUCGCUGUCGCUGCCGCUGCCGUAUUGACGCUGAAGUUCGCGCCGACCGAGAUAAGGCGAACAAACAGCGAAACGACCUCCGAACAUCUGCUGCCGCUGGUAAAAGGGUUGCUCGAGGUCCAGUGCCGUUCGUCCCCAUCAUCAAGGAGCGCCCUGUGUCGGCAUGCGACCACCGUGAGGGUCUCCUAGACGGAAUCGAUCGACCUUUGUACCUCGUCGACGGUGUUCUACACCCUCCGUAUUGCACAAAGGUGCUCGUCGCGCACAUCGUGGACUCGUCACUCAGUGUUUCUCGCGCCGUUUACGAUCUGUUUUGCACAAAGACCGACUGUGUGUGGGUAAAGGCGGAGGAGUUACAGAACAAGGACUUGCUUACACCCAACAAAAUCCUCACCGAAUGUGCGAUGUUCAAGCCUUCUUUUAUUAACUACCCUGGUGACAAAGCGAAAGUACUCGACGGCCUCGUCUUGGCUCUGGAAGACUUUGAGGCAGGCGAGCCUCACAGGCUACGCGUGUGCUCAACUUGCCUCAAGGACAUGCGCAAAAACAAAAUGGGAAGGCAGCGAAAAUAUUAUGGUUUUAUGCUAGGGGACUUUCCUGAGGAAUUUCGCAGUGCCAAUUGGGUUGAAAUGAUAGCGGCAAACCCCGUGAGAAUGAGCGGUACUGCUAUUGCCUUGGAAGAGUUCAAGAUUCAUGGCAUCUCCGGUUCGGCGAAGAGCCUCAUGCGCGGAACGUUCACGUUCUACAUGCAGAACUUGUAUGCUGUAGGGAAACAUCUUCCCGCUUGCGCGACAGACGUUGCCGGUGCCUUCACGUGCGCUCUGUUUGGUAGCAAACAAAAACCUGAACAGCUGAGGCCUUUAUUCGGCGCUCGGCGAUCGAUGGCACAAACUUCAGAUGAAAACCCUCGCACAUAUGCGGAAGACGGGUUUAUCCCAAAGGAGAUUCAAGAUGCACUUGUUCCCGUCACCGAAAAAAACAACACGGUCGCAAACGCCCGCUCGACACACGCACAAGGGAACCGCGAGCCGGAGGAACCUGGCGGUGACUCUUCGACCUCCGCCAAAUAUGGAAACAAUGGCAAUACUGACAGCAGUACCGACGAAGGCGCCCCUGCCUCUUUUAUCAUAGAAACAAAUGUCGUUCUGCCGACCGGGGAAGAUAUGGCCAACUCGAGGGAGUACAGGAGCACCCGACUUCGAGCGUUGCAAUCUAUGAUGAAGAAGUCAGCACCAUCACGCACAACAAACGUUGCGACCGGUGCUUCAAUGAGGGAACAAGCAAAUGCCAAAUCGGCCGCUGCCGCGAGAAGAGCCCCUCCAUUUCUCCCGCCAAAUGCAAUGGUCGUCACUCACACUGGUAACAUGGUGUCAGACUUCUAUGAUGAGGGCUUGUUCGUUGUGGCGUACUUCAAUCUGUUCUCUCACGGCAUUGGAGGUCACUUAGACGUGCGGCGAAGACCUGUCAGCUGCAAGGAGUGGGCUCAAAUCUUUCUGCGACGACGUGAUGGGCGUUUUAGCAAGGACAAAACGUUCUGGUUUUGUGUGUGCGCCCUUACAUUCCGGAGGGAAGCCACUAACAACGCUCGUUGGAAGAUCAAGGGCGGGAUGCCUUCCGAUGCCGCGGAAACACUUGCCAGCAUUUCCCCAGAAGACAUACCUGCUGCAGCCAAGGAAUUAGAGCAGGGUACUGGUUCGUGCGAUUCUUUCAUAAUGCAGAUGGGGCAGCCCCUGUGGUGGAUGACGUUCAGCCCUGCAGACACCAACAGCCCCAUUGUAUUGCAGCUGGCUGGUGUCACUAUCGAUGUCACGAGUCGAUUGAAAUCAGACUUCCCUGAUUACGUAGAGCGCCUCCGUCUCGUUGCUUGUGACCAUGUGACAUCAGCUUUUUUCUACCACUCGGUGACCAAGGCGGUAUUGACUUGCUGGCUCCGAUUCGGCGCUACUGACGGUGAUGGUGGAGUAUUGGGCCGUGUCAAGGCGUGCGUCGGCAUGACAGAAGAGCAGCGGCGUCUCAUGCUUCACUGUCACCUUCUGGUUUGGGUGUACGGGUACAACGAUUUCUCCAUCUUUCGCGAGCUAAUGGACAAAAGCCCCGAGAAAUACAACAAGCUCGCUCGUUUUCUGGAACAAGUAAUCUUCAACCAGGUGGCCACGUUGACGGAUACUAAUCUCGCCUUUGACGGACAUGAAUAUGAGCAUAUGUCCCGUGCUUCCGAAGACACCGGUACCUCGGAAGCCGGGCCCGAUCCACAACAUGUUGCCGCUAAGGAACGAAUCGCCCGACCUCCACCAACAGCCUGUUUCCCGCGUGAUGGUGUCGACCGCUGCCGCGUCCACGACGAGGCCUUCUCCCGCCUCGUUUAUCUCGACCUGGCAGAGAUCACCCCUGCAGUGAGCUUGCACAAGUGCCAACUCGCCUGCAACAAAUUCAAUCACAGGGAUUCGUGUAGGUUUGGGUAUGGGAAGGACGGCAAAGCCUUCGAACAAGAGACUGCUGUACUGCGCGGACCGUGUACAUUUCACACCAACGGCAACAUGACAAUCAAUGGAGUCGUUUAUCCGCCAGGGGAUCCAUCAACUUCUUCCGGUAUUGCUGCGGCUGCCGCUUUCCAGGCCGCUUUCGACGCCAGUAUUUCCGAGCUUGACGAUGGCGACAACUGUAACUCCAACCCAAAAGCGGAUCGAUUCACCGCCGUUCUUCGUCGUCUUGGCGCCCACAUCAACCCAUACAAUCCAUUCAUUCAGUUUGUGAUCCGUUCAAACAUGGAUUUGAAGGUUCUGCUCGAGGAUAUUGACGCCAAAGGAAUCAUGUUCUACAUUCUCAACUACGCCACCAAGACAGCGAACGAGAGCCAGGGUGAAACCUCCAAAGAAAUGGUAGUGCGUCUUGUCAGAUCCUGUCUUUGCAAGCAACUGGCAAGCCUAAGCUUCGGCGGGCCAGCCGCGGCAAGCAAGGUCUUUGACCUCUCCGACGCCAAAAUCUCCCUCUACACUUCGCCAUGUCCAAUGGGAUCGUUGAUUGCAUUUGGUGGAAAGUUGACAGCAAAGCAACGUUCUCACCUGCGCUACAGAAACCGGUGCGACCGUACGGACACCGAACACCCCCUCCACUGUGUGUCAUACGUCGUCUGGCACAGACCUGUGCGUGUUGAACGCUAUACACCGGGUGCUUCGAAUUGUGUCAACCGCAGUGAUACCGAUAACGACUCAAGUGACGACGACAUGGACGAGCCUCAGCACACUCCGCAAAGACGAGGUCGCGCCUCGUCGGACCCCUAUGACUGCGUCGGUAAAUACCGGAAGAAAUGGAUCCAGGUGGUACGCCGGAAAGCAGUCAUGGUAAACAUUAUGCGGGACAUCCCGCGUGCGGACACUCAGCAAGAGGACCACUGUCGGCUACUGCUGUGCAUGUUCUUGCCCUUUUUCGAUCUGAGUAACCUCAAAAACUCUGACGAAUCGUGGGAAAGCGCUAUGCAGCGUGUUGAGGACUCCGAUUCGUGGGACAAACAGAGAGCGAACAAGGAGAAUGACGCUCCCAUGUCGCACUCAUUGGACGAUGCUGGGCAUGGCGCAGAAAACGACAUAUUUUUGAUCGAAUACGGUGACGACGACAACGACAGCGCUUCUGUUAUUCCCGAAACAGCGAUUGGUCUUCGUACGAAGAUUGUCGUCGACACCGCCUUGCCGGUUCGGUCGUGGCAUCCAAGGAGUGGGAGAUCAACAGAAGACGUGGAGACAGACUUGACAAAGAUCACCAGUUGGUCCGGAUCAUCAGAUCCCACGUACAUGGCACAACAGGAAAAAUGUCUCGAAGCAAUGACUGAAUCUGAAGUGGCGUCUCUCGCAGAAUCGACCUCGACAUCAACCGAUACGCCGACAACUACCGAUUCGCAUGAGUACGACCCGAAGGUGUUGGAUCCAUACCUCCUUGAACUUCGAUCAGCAUCACAAGCAGAGUUCGGACUAAACCGCAAGCAAAGAUUGGCUUUCUUCGUUUUCUCAAACGGCAUGCUUGCCAAGAAGGUUUCCCCUGGAUCCGACUCGUUGAGACUGUACAUAGGCGGCGGAGCUAAAUCCGGCAAAAGCCACGUGCUUAAAGCAAUGAAGGCCUUCAUUGAAUGCCCAGCUCUUGUUGGACAAAUCGAGGACAGUCGUAUGCUCGCCGUGGCCUUCCGAGGACAACAAGCAGCUGCCGUAGGCGGUACAACCAUCCAUUCGGUUUGUCAAGUAGGAAGGAAAACGUUCCGGGGUAGCCUUUCCAGAAACCACGAUGACCAAAGCCCGAUGAAGGACACCCAGGCCAUCCAUUGGAAAGGUGUCAAUAUGCUUGCAGUCGAGGAAGUCAGCAUGGUCGGUUGUGAGCUCUUGGUCGCCCUCAACAAAGCAGCCUGUUCCAUGUUCCCCAUGCACAAGGACAAGCCUUUCGGGAAUCUUCAGCCUUUCGGGAAUCUUCCCCUUGUGCUCUGUGGAGGUUUUAACCAACUAAGCAACUUCACUUGCUACUGGAGCUGGCAGCUCGAAAAAGAGAAAAAUAUGUCAUCCUUGGUCAAAUACGGAGCGGACCUCUUCCGCAUGGUAAACGCUUGCGUCGUCCUCGACCAAGGAAGUAAUCGUUUCAGCCCUACGUACGCGCCGCUAAUGGACCGACUCUUGUUGUCAUCGCCUACUUACAACGACAUCAGACUCUUCGACACAAGGGUGUUGAACGGAUCGCCCGGGUUGCACGCCUUUGACUGCUACGACGGACGUGUUAACACUGUCCUCACCGUGCCGAUGAUGCGGACCUGGUGUAAAGCUAACAUCACCCCGCUUUUCAUCGCGCCAGCGAUGGACAGCUUCGUCGGUGACGAACGUCCCGGAUUGCGAGACGAGAUCAGUUCUCUCGACGACGCCAAGACCAACGACCUUCCAACGUUAGCUUGUCUUGCCAUCGGCGCACCUGUUGUACUCCACAAACAGCCACAAUUUGUCAUUCUCGGAGUGUGCAACAAUAGCGACGGAAUCAUUCGGGGCAUCGAAAUCACUCAACGUGAAGAGGUCUUCGUGUACAUUCAGACCGCCUACGACGCCGGCCUGAAACUUCCGGACCUUUGCCGUGGUGUUACAUCGGUUGGUCCCGUCGAACGGAACUUCAGCAUCGUCAUCACGAAGACCAAGCGGAAAUUCACGUUUAGCAGGAAGCAAGUGCCGCUGACAGCAGGCUGCCUGUCGGCAUUGGGUUCUGAUUACAUUGCUUCCUCAUGUUUGUACCACCCGAUUCUUUCGCACUGCGUUUCCCUCCGGCGCAUAAUUCUCGACCUUCAAAAGCCUCCUCAGCCUCUCGUUGAUCCGGCCUCGUCCUACUUGGCGCUUUCGCGGGCGACGUAUCUAGAAGACCUCUACCUUCUCUUCCCGGUCACCCUCGAAGACCUCAGUCGACCGCGAAAUAAAGACGUUGUUGCGUUGAUAGAGUUCCUUCAUCGCCUGGAAGAAACGACAUCUCUACUUUCUCAUCCCGACCGUUCGACAUUUACGCUGACAUCGGCUUCGCUGUCAUCGGACGGCGAUGCUAUCGACGGCGAGGAUAACACCUCAACGGGGCGAACAAGAGGAGGGUCGCGACCUGGACGGCAUCUACCUGCAUCUACCCCAUCAAUAGCUCGCCUGAUCGCCAACAAGAACAACAACUACUUUUUGAAUUCAGCAAUGGCCCUCACCCUAGCCGCAUUUGACGGCCUAUCGCCACCAGAUGGACGUGACUGCACACCUGCAGGCGCGGCAUUCUUUCCCGCCAUCAAACUCAUCCAGGAUACCAUGUUCAACGGAGAAUCUCUACAACAGGAUACACUGACGCUGCCCGGAAACAUUCCUAGCCCAUGGACCAACAAUGUCAACGAGCAACGACGUCUAGUGCUUGCGACCAGGUCUGCCGAAGCUUUACGAGGAGGCCAAGGAGUAUCUCCAACGUUGUCGGAGUCUCUAAAGUUUGGAACGGAAUAUUCCCUUGUCGGUGUUUCGUAUCAUGUCGCCGUUGGGCGAUUGUUGCAGCGCAACCACUUCGUUUCACAGAUGAAGUGA